AGAGGGAAGCGCGAGCGGGGCGGCCGUGGACGCCACCGCCACCUCCCGCAUGGUGCCGAGCCGUCCGUAGGCGGCGGCGGCGGCGGCGGCGGCGGCGAGGCCUGCGGGGCGGCGCCGCGGAGGGGGUCGGGGUCGCGGCUUCCCGGCGCCCACACUUCCUCCUGCGGCGGCCGUCUCGGUGGGGGCGGGAUGGCGGCGGCCCCGGGGAGCGGCCGCGCCUCUGCGCCCCGGCUGCUCGCGCUCCUGCUGCUACUUCCGCUGCUGUGGGCCCCGGCCCGGGUCCGGGCGGCCCCCGACGAAGACAGCCUCCGGAACAAGGAGCCGCCGGCGCCCGCGCAGCAGCUGCAGCCCCAGCCCGUGGCCGCGCAGGGCCCCGAGCCGCCGCGGGCCGAGAAAGGACGCACACCAGCUGUCCCAGUUCAUACUAAUAAAGAAGAUGCAGACACCCAAACUAAUUUGGGGUUUAUUCAUGCAUUUGUCGCUGCCAUAUCAGUUAUCAUUGUAUCUGAACUGGGUGAUAAGACAUUUUUUAUAGCAGCCAUUAUGGCAAUGCGCUAUAACCGUUUGACAGUGUUGGCUGGUGCUAUGCUUGCCUUGGGCUUAAUGACGUGCUUAUCAGUUUUGUUUGGCUAUGCCACCACAGUCAUCCCCAGGGUGUAUACCUACUAUGUUUCAACCGCAUUAUUUGCCAUUUUUGGCAUUCGCAUGCUUCGGGAAGGCUUAAAGAUGAGUCCAGAUGAAGGUCAAGAGGAACUGGAAGAAGUUCAAGCAGAAUUAAAGAAAAAAGAUGAAGAAUUUCAACGAACCAAACUCUUAAAUGGACCGGGGGAUGUUGAAACGGGGACAAGCACGAUACCUCAGAAGAAGUGGCUGCAUUUUAUCUCACCCAUCUUUGUACAAGCACUUACAUUAACAUUCUUAGCAGAGUGGGGUGAUCGCUCUCAGCUAACCACCAUUGUUUUGGCAGCUAGAGAGGAUCCCUAUGGUGUAGCUGUUGGAGGGACAGUGGGACACUGCUUAUGCACUGGAUUGGCUGUAAUUGGAGGAAGAAUGAUAGCACAGAAAAUCUCUGUCAGAACUGUGACAAUCAUAGGAGGCAUCGUAUUUUUGGCAUUCGCAUUGUCUGCACUAUUUAUAAGUCCUGAUUCCGGUUUUUAACAAGCUCUAUAUUCAUGUAACUCUUGUGUUUAUGUACAUAGUGUACAUUGAAACUAACAGUGAUGGAAAAUACUGUAUUUUAUAGCAAUGAGUUAUUAUGAUGUCCAAAAGAAAUAAUCAUUGAUUCUAUUUGCAACAUGGAUUUUUAAAAGAAACCUGACGUCUAAGUGUGGAUUUUUCUUUUCUCUAGGAUAAUCAUGUUAAUAUGACCCUUGUUUUAAGGACUCUUUUUGCUUUUGGUGGGGGCAGUAUAUACAGAACCAUUGUGCAGUGGGGUCUAUCAUUUGAUUUCCCUUUUCAGCACUGACUAGUUUGUAAGGAAUAUAUACGUUUUUUUCCUGAAUCACUGAGGUGCUUUAAGAUGUUUAUCUUAGAAUUUUUCCUCCAAGCCAGUAAGCAGCCAUUUAAUCCUAAGUCUUUUCAAAAUUAAGUUGUUUAAAGAA